GUUCAGACUUUAUUAUCUUCUUUUUCCCCACUGAGAGAAUACCUCUUAGCGGCAAGGCAUUUUUUAAGUCUAUUCUGGACUUCGGGGAUUCGGUUAUCUUGCCGGAGAAAUUGAUCAUUGCUAAUGGCUGGGACUCACAGUGUGCUAAAUUAGCUACCAGAGUGAGCCUGACGGAGAAAGGCUUUUAUCAUAUACUCUUCUCUUCAGUUUGAACACAUUUGCUUGAAAUUUGCCGCAUGAUGCUGUCCAGGGAAGCAGCUUUUUUUCUUGGGAUGCAGCAAUUCGCUGGUUUCUAAGCUUAUUGCAGAAGAAGAAAUAAUCUUAAAGAGAGUGGAUUUUUUUUUUUUUCCUACUUGAGACGACUGAGCUGUGUUGCACAGCGGGAAAGAUAACCUGUCACUAAAUCUUUGAGGAAGUAAAACAAAGUGAAUUAUAAUUAUUAUUUAUUUAUUUAUAUUAUUUUUAACCGGUGGAGGCGGCGUGAUCACGGAGAAUGAGACUGAGAGAAGCUGCCAGGGCUUGGAGGAGGAUAAAGCUGAGUUUAGGCUGGAAACUAAAAGACUAGGUCGGUUUGGGGUACAACUUGCCCGGUUCCUCUCCACUUCCUUCAGUUUCGCUCCAUGGACAGAUCAACAAACCUGGAGCUCAAGAUGACACGAGAACAGUAUAUACUAGCAACACAACAGAAUACCCUGCCUAGGACUGAGAAUGCACAACUUUACCCAGUGGGGAUAUAUGGAUGGCGAAAGAGGUGCUUAUACUUCUUUGUCCUUCUGCUGUUGGUUACCAUGAUAGUUAACUUAGCCAUGACAAUAUGGAUAUUGAAAGUUAUGAAUUUCACUGUGGAUGGUAUGGGAAAUCUGAGAGUCACCAAGAAGGGAAUCCGACUUGAAGGUAUAUCUGAAUUUCUACUUCCAUUGUAUGUGAAAGAAAUUCAUUCCCGAAAGGAUAGUCCACUGGUCUUACAGUCUGACAGGAAUGUAACAGUGAAUGCAAGAAAUCACAUGGGGCAGUUAACUGGACAGCUGACAGUAGGAGCUGAUGCUGUGGAAGCUCAGUGUAAAAGAUUUGAAGUAAGAGCGAGUGAAGAUGGCAGGGUGCUGUUUUCUGCAGAUGAAGAUGAGAUUACCAUUGGGGCUGAAAAACUGAAAGUUACAGGCACCGAGGGAGCAGUAUUUGGGCACUCUGUAGAGACGCCACACAUUAGAGCAGAACCUUCCCAAGAUCUGAGACUUGAAUCACCCACCAGAUCCUUGAUAAUGGAAGCUCCUAGAGGGGUCCAGGUGAGUGCUGCUGCAGGAGACUUCAAGGCCACCUGCAGGAAGGAGCUCCACUUGCAGUCAACGGAGGGGGAGAUAUUUUUAAAUGCGGAUACAAUCCGGCUGGGAAACCUACCAACUGGCUCCUUUUCAUCUUCUUCACCUAGCUCCUCAAAUUCACGACAAACAGUGUAUGAACUCUGUGUCUGCCCCAAUGGCAAACUUUACCUUUCUCCAGCAGGAGUAGGUUCCACUUGUCAGUCCAGUAGCAACAUCUGCUUGUGGAGCUGAAAUGACUGAUUUCUCCUCACACCAGAAUAGCCUUUUGUUCCUGUCUGUCUGCUUCACAGUUCUGCUCGGUUUCCCUUGUGAUCAGUCCAGAGCUUCUUCUAAUGGUCCACAGAGCAAGUUCUUCCAGUGUAAGCAGGAAUUUGCCACCACCUUCUCAUGUGAUACGUUGUACUGCUCAACACAGAGAAUGUGAGUGACACACCAGUGGAAAAAUCGUCAUCAGCAGGAAAACUGGAUCAUAACUUUUGCUCAAAAGGGAGAAUAACAUAGGUGCCUUUGCUACAUGAAGUGAAGCACAUAGUUUUAGAUUUCUGCAGGACUUGGAUAUAAACUGCACGUAUAUACAUUACAUAGAUGAAAUUCCCCAUAUCCAGUGGCGAGAUGAGUUGAUAAACCCUGUAUGAAAACUAACUCUACAGUCUGAAAGCACAAUUUUCCAUUCAUCUUUUUGGAUGUAAACUUUUAUCCCCGAAUUUUAAAGUUUUGAAGCAUUAUGCAAUGCUUGCUUUACUAAAAAUUAAAUUCAAUACACGGUUUUUAACAAAGCAAAACACAAAAAAAAGAUAGAAUCCCUCCCUGAGUUUUAUUUGUUUCUUUAAAUUCAAUGUGUUGUUACUCUUUGUCUACUAAGUCUAGAAUUUUUGUACACUAGGUAAUUUUGGAAGCACUCAGCAAUAUAAUCUUUACAGAAUGAAUAAAAUGCCAUUAUACUGUCAUUUGUCAGAUCUUAAUGGCCUUAUAUAGUAUUUACUUGGCUAUUGC